CCGAGCCUACCUCUCUCGCCCGCCGAUGGGUGGGAGGAGGGAAUUGCUUCUGCGUAAAGAUGGCGGCAGUGAGGAGGAGUCUUUUGCAGAGUGAGCAGCUUUCAAGUUGGACAGAUGACUUGCCGCUAUGUCAGCUCUCUGGUGUUGGUUCAGCUUCUAAUCGUUCCUACACUACUGAUGGAAAGGGCACUGAAAUUCAUCCCUUAGAGGAUAACUGGUUGAAAUUCAGAAGUGAGAAUAAUUGCUACCUCUAUGGAGUCUUUAAUGGUUAUGAUGGUAACCGAAUCACAAACUUUGUGGGAGAGCGGCUUUCUGCAGAACUCCUGUUGGGCCAGCUGAAUGCAGAGCAGGAUGAGGCAGAGGUGCGCAGAAUCUUGUUACAGGCCUUUGAUGUGGUAGAAAGAAGUUUUUUGGAGUCCAUUGAUGAUGCAUUGGCAGAAAAAGCCAGCCUCCAAUCCCAGUUACCAGAGGGGGUUCCCCAUCACCAGCUGCCUCCUCAGUACCAGAAAAUUUUGGAGAGGUUGAAGUCUGUAGAAAAGGAAAUCUCUGGAGGAGCCAUGGCCAUUGUGGCAGUGAUUCUUAACAACAAACUUUAUAUCGCUAAUGUAGGAACAAACCGUGCACUUUUGUGCAAAUCUACCAUGGAUGGAUUGCAAGUGACACAGCUCAAUAUGGAUCACACUACCGAGAAUGAAGAUGAAUUAUUCCGCUUUUCACAACUGGGUUUAGAUGCAGCAAAAAUAAAGCAAGUAGGAACCAUAGGUGGGCAAGAAAGUACUCGGCGUAUUGGAGAUUAUAAGGUCAAAUAUGGCUACAGUGAUAUUGAAUUUCUUAGUGCUGCGAAAUCUAAGCCAAUCAUAGCAGAGCCUGAAAUCCAUGGUGGGCACCCAUUAGAUGGCGUCACAGGCUUUCUUGUGCUCAUGUCAGAAGGACUCUACAAAGCUCUAGAAGCUGCUCAUGGACCUGGACAAGCCAAUCAGGAAAUUGCAGCCAUGAUUGCCACAGAGUUUGCCAAACAAACGUUAUUGGAUUCUGUGGCUCAAGCAGUUGUAGAUCGAGUUAAGCGUAUUCACUGUGAUACCUAUGCCAGCGGUGGUGAACGGUCCAAAUUCUGCUCUCGGCAUGAAGACAUGACAGUCCUAGUAAGAAAUUUUGGGUACCCGCUAGGGGAGAUGAGCCAGCCCACACUGACUCCAACACAAGGUGGCCGUGUCUAUCCUGUGUCAGUGCCAUACUCUAGUACUCAGAGCACAAGCAAGACCAGUGUGACUUUAUCACUUGUGAUGCCUUCUCAAGGUCAGAUGGUCAAUGGUGCCCACAGUAGCUCUACGCUGGAUGAAGCCACGCCCACACUUACCAAUCAAAGUCCUACUGUGACUCUUCAGUCUACUAACACUCAUACCCAGAGUAGCAGCUCAAGCUCAGAUGGAGGCCUUUUCCGUUCUCGUCCUUCUCAUUCUCUCAGGCCGGAUGAAGAUGGGCGCGUUGAAUCCUAUGUAGACUUUGCAGAGUUUUACCGCCUUUGGAAUAUGGACCACAGUGAACAGGGGACACUCACUGUGCAAUAAUGCAUGGGGAGUAACCCCUGUGAAGUCCCACCAGACAGUAGGUUGCAAUUCAUCUCUUGGCUGACCAACAUUUUUCUACAAAGCAUGAUCUUUGGGAGACUUCGGGACAAAUUGCUAAUGUGAUUAUUCUCAUCAACUUGUCAAGCAUAUUUACUCAUAUUGAAUUCUUUUCUAAUGGUCUCUUCCACUGUGAAAACUUGUGGCAUUAGAGAGGGUUGCAAACCCUUUUACUGCAUGGCUGUAGAAGAAGAAUAGUCAGCAGCCAGAAUUCUCUUAUGGAUAAGUCCACAACAAAUAUCUGUCAAGAGUAUGUGUAUAUGUAUAUAUGUAUGUGGGCGCAUCUUGUUGAAGGCAUAAAUCUGGGAAUACUUAUCAUGGUUUGGGGCUGCUUUGCUGCCUCAGGGCCUGGACGGAUUGUUGUCAUUGAUGGGAAAAUGAAUUCCAGAGUUUAUCAAGACAUUUUGCAGGAAAACGUACGACCAUCUGUCCGCCAACUGAAGCUCCGCAGAGGAUGAGUGAUGCAACAGGACAAUGACCCAAAGCAUACAAGUAAUUCAACAAAAAAAUGCACAGAAUACGCCUUCUGGAGUGGCCCAGUCAGAGUCCUGACCUCAACCCAAUUGAAAUGCUGUGGCAUGACCUUAAGAGAGCGAUUCACACCAGACAUCCCAAGAAUAUUGCUACACUGAAACAGUUUUGUGAAGAGGAGUGGUCCAAAAUUACUCCAGAUCGUUGUACAGGUCUGAUCUGCAACUACAGGAAACGUUUGAUUGAGGUUAUUGCUGCCAAAGGAGGGUCAACCAGUUAUUAAAUCCAAAGGUUCACAUACUUUUUCCUCCCUGCACUGUGAAUGUUUACAUGUUAUGUUCAAUUAAACCAUGGCAACAUCUAA